AGAAUCACAGAGUGCAAUACCAAUUGUAUUUUGGAUUUCAAUCCUAUUUGGAGGUUAAAUAAUCUUUUUAAGCAAUAAUUUGGUAGUAAGUUUUUCAGCUGUUUGGCAGGAAAAUGAAGACAAUUGUGACAAACCAAACAGUAAAAAUCCCAGAGGGAUUAACAGUAACUGCCAAAGGUCGAGUAAUUACAGUUAAAGGACCUAGGGGUGUAUUAAAGAGAUCAUUUAAGCACUUGGCCCUUGAUAUUCGAAUGCUCAAUCCUAGACUACUGAAAGUGGAAAAGUGGUUUGGUACCAAAAAGGAGCUUGCUUCCGUUCGUACAGUAUGCUCCCACAUUGAGAAUAUGUUAAAAGGGGUUACUAAAGGGUAUCAAUAUAAAAUGAGAGCUGUAUAUGCUCACUUUCCAAUCAACUGUACCACUAGUGAAAACAACACUGUUAUAGAAAUAAGAAAUUUCUUAGGGGAAAAAUACAUUCGCCGAGUAAAGAUGGCACCUGGGGUCACUGUAACUAAUUCGCAAAAGCAAAAAGACGAAUUAGUUAUUGAAGGUAAUUCCCUGGAAGAUGUUUCAAGAUCAGCUGCUUUAAUUCAGCAAUCCACAACUGUUAAGAACAAAGAUAUUCGAAAGUUUUUGGAUGGCUUAUAUGUUUCUGAAAAGACCACUGUUGUUGAGGAGGAAUAA